CAGAGAAACCUAUGUCGCCACACACACACACACACACACACACACACACACUGAUUAUAAAGCCUAACAUUGACGAAGGUUAGCUCAGUGUGGCUGCGGCCCUUGUCGAGAGAGGAAGUGUGGAGUGUAGCACCGCGUCCGUCUGUCUGUCUGUCACUCACUCGACCGGCUGUUUGGACCGAGCGGGAAACCCAAAGAAACCAGCAACGGACAAACGAACACAGACACACGCGCUCUCCCUUACUCAAAAAUAAAUAAAAUAAACAAAUAAAUAAAUAAAUAAAUAAACGAGGAGAAAAAUAAGAACGAAUAAGAAGAGAAAAAAACGAAUAGGCGAGGCGAAGAAGAGGAAAAAGAAGAAGAAAGGAAGGAAGAAAGGACGAAAACCGAGACUAUAAUAAUAGUAGUAAUAAUAAAUAAUAAAAAACGAGGAUAAGAAAUAAUAAUAAAAAUAAUCAUAGGUAAAAGAAGAAAAAAUUGAGGAACGAAAACAACAACAACAACCCUGACAUCCUAUUAUAAUCCUACCGCAUCCUUCAACUUCCUAGAAAAAGUCCUUGAGACAUCCCUUCAUCGGCCACACACACACACACACACACACACACACACACACACACACACACACACACACACACCUAUGCAGCAUAUCCUACAAAUCCAUCACGCGCUCCUAUAGCCAAGAGGGGAGUCCUGAGCAGCAUCCUACUCAACUUAAGGACUCCAUCGCCAUUCCAUUCUGACAUCCUGCACCUGAAAGUACCCGCCAAUAAGGAUCUGACUUGAUUAACGUCCUCUUUGUAUCCUAGGUUAAGGGUCCCAUACACGUAAGGACCUUCUGGCGUGUCGAGAUCCUUGAAGACUAAACACCAUUGGUAUCCUGCACGUAUUCCAACCGCCUCCCUCCCCUUGUUUCACCCUUCCUUCACCCCCUCCUCCGCCCCCCUUAAAGUCCUACAAAAAGAGAGCAGACAGCAGGAGGUCCUCAUUCCUCGCAUAAUCCUUCACCAGGGCAGACCUCAGCAUCUCCUUCCUUCCUACGGUGAAAGGAUACAACACCACCCAACAAGUCCUCUUCCCCUUCCUCUUCCUCCUCCUCCUCGUCCUCGUCCUAUUUUGCUAAGAGAGCCUAGCAUCGUAGUAUCUUAGCAACCCCCUCAAGAUAUCCUUCACAUUGAGACAUACGAGUCCUACCAAGUUAGUGGGUUAUAUUGCAUUUCAACAAGAGUCCUACCACAUCAGUGACGUCCUACGCUUAUAAACAAGUUCUAACAAAUCAGUGACGUCCUACAGUCCUUCAAGAGAUCCUACGCUUAUAAACAAGAGUCCUACCAAAUCAGUGAGUUUUCCUACACUCCUACAAAAGUCCUACAAAGCCAGUGACUUAUCCUACAUCCCCUCAACACAUCCUACGCAUUGAAACACAAGAGUCCUACCAAAUCAGUGAGUUAUCCUACACCUACAAGAGUCCUAUACCAAACCAGUGACUUAUCUCAAGAGAUCCUACAUACUGAAACACAAGGAUCCUGCCAAACCAACGACAUCCUAUACUCCUUUGAAGAAUCCUAACGAACAUCCAACGACACCCACAUAACCUACGAUCGUCGUUGUUCUAAUCUUUUCCUAAUCCUAUCUUACAUCGCCUCAUCCUACAACUUAUCCUGAUCUUCUUAUCCUAAUCGUACCCAACCCAAACCAAUCCUAUUUCACAUCAUCCUACAACCUCUGACCCUCCUACCCUCUCCCACCCUAAUCCUACCCAACCCAAAGAAAGUCCUACGCAUCCUACCACCAUGAAGGAUUCCCCAGCCAUGGAGCACCACAAGGGCCGCAGGAUCAGCAUUAGGAGCAUGAAGAAGGAGGCGGAGCGGGUGCGGGCGUCAUCCUACUGGCGCUGCGGGAUGAGCAAGGGGACUUUCAGCGGGGUCAAGGUCACUGUGCUAUGGGUGACCUACGUCCUGCUGGGGUCCUUGGCCUUCCAGUACAUCGAGGAGACCACAUACACCACGGAGAGCAUGAGGGAACACCACCACUGGGCCAGGUUCAAAGAGUUGGCCUCGGGACAGCACGUGGUCGAGGAGCUGUUAGCGUUACGAGAGAGCCUGUUAGAGAUCUGCCCGACCCCUCAUAUGAACAGGACUUUUGAGUUGCUGUCUGAGGAUGCUGCAGGGGAGGCCAUGGAACGCAAUAAGACGCUGAUGGAGCACGUCGACAUGGGCCAGGUGGAGGAGGGAUGUGGACCAGCGCUGUUGAUAAUGGAACACCUGACGAAGAAGGAAACCUGGUCAUUGGUGGACGCCAUCUACUACACAAUGACGGCGGUGACGACGAUAGGCUACGGGCACAUCCACCCCAAGACACCCCCCGGCCGGCUCUUCUGCGUGCUGUACUGCCUGGUGGGGGUGCCGCUGACGUGCAUCCUACUAGCUAAGUCCACGGACCUGCUGUCGUCGCGCAUGCACCGCCUCUACACCACGGCCAAGCGUCGGCACCAGAGCCAGGGCCGCUCCAUGCUGUACCUGGUGACGACGGUGUACCUGUCCGUGGGCUUCCUGGUGUUCAUGCUCCUGCCGUCAAUCGCCCUCACCAAGCUGGAGUCCUGGACGCUGGAGGAGUCCCUGUACCUCACCUUCAUCACGCUCACUACCAUUGGCUUCGGCGACCUAUACCCCGGUUACGACGACGAGGCCCCGUACAAGGACUACCAGGACCUCUACAAGAUGAUCAUAGUUAUAUAUAUCAUGGUGGCGCUGGGCUACUGGUUCUUGCUGCUCAAUUUCCUGCAGAAGGUGUUAAGGAAGAACGUGCCGCAGAGGAUCAAGAAGACCAUCAGGCAGUCCAAGAGAUACACCAAGCAGUCCGAGUUCUUUAGGCAGCUCGUCAGUAAGCAACUACAACUCCAGUCACAAGAAGAGAAGGGCACAGAAUCACCACCCUCACCACCAACAGCAGUCAAACACCACCACCAUCACCACCACCACCACCUCCCCCACUUCCCCUCACACGGCGGGAGGAGGGGUUCUCACUAUUCCCUUCUCUGUGACACGGUGAUGUCGGAGCAGGACGAGGUGCAGCAGCAGGCCAAGCCCGUGGUGGGCGGGGCAGGGGGCGCCAACAGCAGGGGCGUGGUGGCCCUCAUGGUGGAGGUGGCGGACGCGCUGGCUGACGACACGCGGCGCCCCUCCCUGGCUGUGGCCGUGCCCGGAGGCCAACACAGCCGCCUACGCAGGGAGAGCUGCCGGUCCAACGCGCCCCUCACCCUGGAACAACUCCUGGAGGUGCGGGUAGCGGUGCGCGGCGAGGCAGUACCGCACAUCCAAUCUUUCGUGGCCAGCUCCCCGCAUCCAUCCUCAGGGGCACUGCAGGAUUUCUUGGAAGGAAACGAGACCCCGAGGCGGCAAGAGGUCACACUGCCCCUCCGUGAAGUCCUAACGCUGGUCACCCUAAUCAAGUCCGUGCAGGAUGAAGUUGGGGACGGGAAUAGAGGGGACGAUUCCGGUACCUCGUCAUCCACUCCUUCCUCACCGAUCUCCACCGUGACCUCCCUGGACCCUCAAGACUAUGUCCCACUGAUUAGGUCCUGCAGGAAUCACGAUGUCCUUCACGAGGCUGACCCAGAUGAGGAUGAGGAUGAGGAUGAGGAUGAGGAUGACCUGGAUGAAGAGGAAGAGGAGGAGGAAGAUGAGGAGGAGAAGGAUCCGGAGAAGGGAAAGAGAGGAGCUAGAUUCAUGAUUCGAUGAGGAGGAGAUAUUGCUCUUCUUCUUCCUCCUCCUCCUCCUCCUUCUUCUUCCUCCUUCGUCCUUCUUUACAUACUCCUGAUUCUUAUGUCUUCCAGCCUCCUCCUCCUCCUCCUCCUCUACUUCACACCCCUAACGUGUACACACACACACCCGCACACACGAGGAGGAAGGACGGUUGUGUACAUGUGCGUUUAAUCCUACGUACAUGGAUCAAGCAGCAUCGUUAUUGGUGCACACACACACACACACACACACACACACACACACACACACACACACACACACACACACACACACACACACGGGCCGCCAGGUAACACACACGCGCACGCACGCACGGACAGGUGUAUGUGCGUGCGUGUGUUGGUGAAUCAAUCUCAGGUGAGCGAGUAGUGAUUAUUUAGUGUAGGGGAUUUUUGUAUUAGUUAAAUCCCUGUCAGCAGCUGUAUUAUUAUUAUUAUUAUUAUUAUUAUUAUUAUUAUUAUUAUUAUUAGCAUUAGCAUUAUUACUACCACUUCUACUACUACUGCAAUUACCCCACAACCCCUACUGCCAACACCCACCCCCAUUCCUACUACUACUACUACUACUACUACUACUACUACUUAUCACUGUCAGGCGUUACUUGUUAGGGUGAAGUAACUGUGUACUGACCCAUUUUAACUACCCAUCUCCCUCAUUCCCCUUACAAUUCCUUCCCCCCCAACCCACCCUCUCCAUCCCCUCAACCACCACCACCACCCAAACCAAGACAUGUGAUACGAUAUGUAUUUAUUUUAUCGUAACGCUUCUUCUUGUUGUUGUUCUUAUUGUUACCUUUUAUACCUUAGUGAUUAGUUAGCCAUUAAUUAACCUUUUGUAUCACCUGCGUCACUGUGUCUAAAGGUGAGUGACAGAGAUAGGUUAGGAGAAAGGGAUGGACGGAAGGAAGGAAGGAAGAAAGGAAGAGAAGUGAGGAGGCAAGGAAGUAGGAAAAGAGUGAAUGACGGAGAAGAGACAACAAGGAAGAAAGUUGGAAGGAAGGAAGGAAGAAAGGAAGGAUGGAAGGAAGAAAGGAGUUGUAUAAGAAGUAUAAAGGAGGAGGAGGAGGAGGAGGAGGAGGAGGAGAAAAUAAGAUAAAUGAUUGGAUAAAGGAGAGAGAAAGAUGGAUGUGUGUGUGUGUGUGUGUGUGUGUGUGUGUCUGAGAGAGAGAGAGAGAGAGAGAGAGAGAGAGAGAGAGAGAGAGAGAGAGAGAGAGAGAGAGAGAGAGAGAGAGAGAGAGAGAG